ACCACUAGCGAGUGGUUGUGAAUUAAUAUUUGGAGGGGCUUGAGCUUUAAGCUUUUCCAGACGAUAAAAUUGCAGGCUUUUUUUCUUUGUGUUUUAAAGUCAGGCCUCAAUAUGAGCGGCGGCUGUCAUUGCACUCGUAAGCUGACAAUGGCCGUGAGUGGUUGUCUGAUAAUCGCUGUGAUGGCCCUCACCGUCGGGCUUUGUGUCGGACUGGGCGGUGGUACCGACGCCCUUGAGGACCAGCCCAGAUUUACGAUCGACCACGAGGCCAACUCCUUUAUGCUGGAUGGCAAGCCUUUCCGAUACGUAUCUGGAUCGUUCCACUAUUUCCGGGCUGUGCCCGAAUCCUGGCGGAGUCGACUGCGGACAAUGCGAGCAUCUGGUCUGAAUGUACUUGAUACCUAUGUAGAAUGGUCCCUUCAUAAUCCCCAUGAUGGCGAAUACAACUGGGAGGGCAUUGCGAAUGUGGUCAAGUUCCUAGAGAUUGCCCAGGAAGAAGAUUUCUAUAUCAUACUCCGACCUGGGCCCUAUAUUUGCGCUGAGAGAGACAAUGGAGGUCUUCCCCACUGGCUCUUCGCCAAAUACCCCACCAUUAAAAUGCGGACCAAUGACCCAAACUACAUCGCAGAGGUGGGAAAGUGGUACGCGGAGUUGAUGCCACGUCUCCAGCACCUUUUAGUGGGCAACGGCGGCAAGAUCAUUAUGGUGCAGGUGGAGAACGAGUACGGGGAUUAUGCCUGCGAUCACGACUACCUCAACUGGCUGAGAGACGAGACAGAGAAGUAUGUGAACGACAAGGCCCUGCUCUUCACUGUGGACAUCCCCAACGAGAAGAUGAGCUGCGGAAAAAUUGAGAACGUGUUUGCCACCACUGACUUUGGAAUUGAUCGCAUCCAUGAGAUUGACGAGAUCUGGAAAAUGUUGCGUGUCCUACAACCCACUGGUCCACUGGUUAACUCGGAGUUUUAUCCUGGCUGGCUGACCCAUUGGCAGGAGCAAAACCAAAGGCGUGAUGGUCAAGAGGUUGCCGAUGCGUUAAGGACGAUCCUUAGCUACAACGCCAGUGUCAAUCUAUACAUGUUCUUCGGCGGCACAAACUUCGGUUUUACCGCCGGAGCCAACUACAACCUGGACGGUGGCAUCGGCUAUGCGGCGGACAUAACCAGCUACGACUACGACGCGGUAAUGGACGAGGCCGGAGGGGUGACAACGAAAUACAGCCUUGUCCAAGCUGUAAUCGGGGAGUUUCUUCAGCUGCCCGAAAUCAAUUUGAGUCCCGCCAAGCGCCUGGCCUACGGAAAGGUGGAGGUUGCACCCAAGUUGGCGCUGCUCUCGGCAGAAGGACGUGCUGCACUCUCCAAAGGUGACGCCGUAGUGUCGGCCAAACCGAAAUCCUUCGAAGAAUUAGACUUGUACUCGGGGCUCGUCCUCUAUGAGACAACGCUGCCGACCAUGGAUCUGGACCCGGCUCUAUUAAAAAUAGAUCAGAUUAACGACCGCGCACACGUCUUCGUGGACCAGGAGCUAGUGGGUACACUCUCCCGGGAGGCUCAGAUCUACUCACUGCCCCUUAGCAAGGGAUGGGGAAGCACCCUCCAACUGCUCGUGGAGAACCAAGGACGGGUAAACUACUACAUCUCCAACGACACGAAGGGUAUCUUUGGCGAGGUGAGUCUGCAGCUACACAAUGGUGGGUACCUGCCCCUAGAGAACUGGCGGAGUACCGCCUUUCCGCUGGAGCAAUCCUCAAUCAAACUCUGGCUUCGCUGGCACAGCGGGGAAAAGAUUUUAGACUCGUUCCUGGCCAGUCAACGUAUUCUUCGCAACGGACCCAUUCUCUAUACUGGCAGCCUGACGGUGGCGGAGGUAGGCGACACCUAUCUCAACAUGGCGGGUUGGGGCAAAGGAGUGGCCUAUGUGAACGGCUUCAAUUUGGGGCGCUACUGGCCCGUGGCUGGUCCGCAGGUUACUCUGUAUGUGCCCAACGAAAUCCUCCGGCUGGGCGAAAACUCUCUUGUCAUCCUUGAGUACCAGCGAGCAAAUAAGACUGCAAGAGGCGAUGACCUUCCCGCCGUGCAGUUCGACGCAAUAGCUCAGCUGGAUGGAGAGUCUGGAGAUGUUCCACUUAAAUGAAGGACUAUCUAACAAUUAUUUUUCGAUAAUUCUUUAUUUUAAGCAGUUUUGAUUGAUCUUUGUAUCGACAACCUUUGUUAAGCCUUAUAAUACAUUUUCUAACUUUCUAUGUUUAUCUAUGCCUAAAUACAUUUUUGUUAUACUUG